AUGGCUCUUCGUGAGUUGCAUUCUCAAUGUCUUAAGAUAAAAUAUAAAAAUAAAUUUUGUUCUAAAGCAAAUUUCUUUAUUCUUCUAACGAAAGUUAUUUCUAUUAUUGUUCCUCUACUAACUGUGUACUACAACGAUGAAAUUUGGAGCAAGACAAUUGUUGUAAAUAAACAACCUUCAGUUAAGUUUCAGGGCUAUUAUCAUUUCCAGGCAUCUACAAGUAAUUCUAGUCAUCCAAUAUUUUGUAGCAAUUUUCCGUUUUUAACAAAAUACGAUAAGGAUUCAUGGGAUACUUGCUCUUAUAUUAAGGCCAAAGAAGUCGACGUUGAUGAUGAUGGUCAAAUAGAUUUAUUUGAGUUUACCACACACGUUUUAUUGGAAGAGUUGAAGAUUAACUCUGUACUCUUAAUUUUAAGUUUUAAUUACGAACUGCAGGGAACUUGUACCGUAAAUAUGGACAGCAUAAUAACCAUUGAACAUCCAAUUAUAGAAAAUGCCUAUGAAGUUAAUGCUUAUGGUAUUUUACAAUUUUCACAAUUAGUAGUUGUGCAUUGCUCCAGAUUUUUAAAAACGAUUGCAGAGCCCUCCAUCAUUACAAGCCCGAAACAAUUACCGUUUUAUAAACCCCAGGAUCUUUUAGAAUACCACACAGUCAAAAAUUGUAAGCAGAUGCAUCAUACUAGGGAUCCUGCAGUACGGGAUAAUGUAACGAGUAUGCCUACAGAUUGCGAUUGCUAUUUUGGCCCAAUGCAUUACUAAUAACUUAUUGAUAAUAUAUAAACUUGCUUUUACGACUUGGUCAGUGAUUUAUCAAAACUGCCUAUGGCGUGCUGAUGAGAAUAAAAGGUUUCGGUAAAUCAAUAACUUAUUGCUCUUUAUGGUUGGCUGAUCGCUAAUAUAUGAUAUGGUAAUAACUGACAUAGUAGGUAACUAUACGUUGACGUAAUUCCAAAUUAAUAUUUAAACAUUUAUAAAAAAAUGCGAUUUUACUUCUUUUCCUAUCAAUAUCGUUGCUUGCUUUGAAGCCAUCC